AGGACCCCUGGGGGUCCCUUGACCCCACUUUGAGAACUACUGUGUUAUGGACUUCAUUGGUUUUGAUGAUGUUGCUUGUGAAUCAGCGCCUCCGCCUCUUUCACAUGAUCACAUUCACUUCAGACCAUCUCUCAGCUGUUUGUAAUGAAGCUGUUAUUCCUCUUCAUACUGACGGACGACAAAUUACCAAAUGAGGGAAUAUCUUUCACAAGAAUGAUGUUCAUUCCUCCAGGAGAGUUUAGAGACUUGCAGAAUCAAUGUCAAAGCACACUCAAGCUUCAUAUGGUGGCCUAACACCUUAUUAAGAGACUCUAUGUUGGUUGUUCCUUUAAUUUGUCGACCGUCUGUUCUACUCAACACAUGGAAGUAUUUUCUCUCAUUUCCUGCCAUUGAAAGAGCUACAGACUUCCUUCUGUAAAACCAUGAGGUUCCACCGAGAUUUGAACUCGGAUCGCUGGAUUCAAAGUCCAGAGUGCUAACCAUUACACCAUGGAACCACAUAAAUGUCCUCCACCCCUGUUACUUCCAUCCAGAGUUACUGUUUCUCUAAACAAUCGUAAAACAGUUGAACUUUCAAGUUGUUUUCCUGAAGACACGUCUUUCACUCAGCCUUGAAAAGCCAUUAGUUGCACGAUAAGAUGACUGAGUCACAAAGUUCUCUGCUAGAUUUAAAAGUUAUUGUACAAGAAACAGUGUCCUGAAGUACAACUUUCUCGUUCUGCCACAACAUUUCCCCCCAUACAGUUACAAGGUAUAUCCAGUAGAAGAGACAGUGCUGUAAAGCAGUACUGAAGUAAAGCAGUUAUGUCACUGCAACACCAAAGACAUGCAUGGAGUCAUAACCUUGAGAGGGUGCUGGUUCACCGAGACAUCUAUUUGGAAUAAAUGUGUUCCCAGACUUUAUGUGUGAUCAUGCUCCUGAACCAUCCUUUUUAUGAACAUCAAAGGUUUUUAUUUGAUAUUUUACAACAUUAAAAUCACUAAUUAUCAGAUUAGAAAGCAGCAGUAGCAGAGCUGUAAAGAAUUAGACGGAUUUAUUGCUGCUGAGAUGUAUUUAUCUUUUUAAAGUGUUAGAUAUGAAGGAUGGCAGGAUUUGUUAUAGAUAUGGCCUAUGUGGAUUGAGCCUAACAAUAUCAGACCUACACCAGAGGAGCUGAUUAAAGAAAUUAACACCUCCACCAGUUCAGAGAAGCAGAAAGCAGUUUGAAAGGGACACAAAUUGCCUAUUUAAGAAUGCAAACACACUGCAUCAUAGGUCAUGCUCAGGGCUCAUUAAAGGAGAGGGGAAACUCUGUAGAAACCCAUUGAGCAUUUCUCUGAGCAUCAUUAAAACACAUGCACCCUGGUGACAGACUGACUUUUAUCUCUAAGUCAAGGCUGUGACCAUUAAAGGGAAAUACUAUUUGCCAUUCCUGUCCUCUGAGACAGUCCAGUCAAUAUCUGUAAACAAGGAGAACUCAGCAACUCUCUCCCACAGCUAACUCAUCCAGAAGUGGCUUGAGGCAUCUCUCUGCGGCACAGAUUUUAUCUAUACAUAGCGACUUCCAGUUGAAAUGCCAUAUUUGUUGAGCCCUUUCAGUUUAAACAUUUAUUUCAGGCUUAUUUUAUGGUGUUUUGCAAACAAUUGUUUUUGGACUUCUGCUAAAACAAUGAUUUCAGGCCCUUCAGGCAGCAGAAUAGAGUGCCAUCAAACCACAGUAAUAACAAUAGAAUAUACAGUGCCAUCACUUCACACAGUAACGCUAUUCUUCCUAAAUUUAAGUCAUUCCCAAACUACUUCCGUUAAGACUGUACUGUAACAAAAAUGAACAAAUGUUGAAUAUAAAUUUACUUAUUGUAUGAAGAUGUGUUUGGUUUUUUUCAUGCAUGCUCUUGUUGAUGCUGCAGCUAUAGACCCCCACUGCAAAACAUCCCACACUGCUCAACCUGAAACGUCAGCACGUCCUUACGUGCCCUACUGAGGUUGAGAUUCUAAUGUUGCCUUUACUUGCUCCUCGGAAUCUAUAGACUUCAUCAAACUCUCAAGACAACAUCUGGUCUUCGUCACAUCUCGUGAGACUGUAACUUAAUUAUUUUCUUACUUUUCAUUUAGACAGCUUGUAAUAAUAAUAAUAACACAGGUUGUUACAUUUUAAACAGAUUGUGGCAGUAGCAAUAAAACGGUAGUGGGUGGCAAUAAUUUAAAAAAAAAGUCGCGGAAUAAAUAAAUAAAAAGGAGAGUUCGCCUCAAAUAUAAAUUUGAUUUUUAAGUUUUGGUAAAUAAUCUAGACUUUGUUCUAAUAGUAUUUAGCCUACAUUGUCUGGUCUACUUAUGCGGUUUCCUGGAAAUACCCACAUUUCUUCCACCAUGAAGGCAACAAUCAUUUUACGUAUGUGGUGGUCUCGCUGAGCAAACGAUGAAGAAAACAUUAUCAGCGCUGAGAUGAUGCCAGCCUUUCCGCAGACAGUGGGACUGGACGAAGCCCGCUGUCACACUUAUUUAUGGCGUCAGUCUGCUGUAUUUGAACGAUGUACGCAGCUGCCUCUGCAUCCCGCUGCUACUUUCUGGUGAGAAGAGAGAUAUUCAGCCAGACAUCCGAGUGGAUGGAAAUGACACCGCACUGCUCCAAAUUCAUCCGCUUGAGCGAAGGAGGAUAGCCCGACAGGCGAACACAUCCUCGUGUUUUGGUGUUUAUAACACAAUAACAACACAGUUUUACCGCCCUGCAUCCACCAGACUCUCACGCAGCACCAACGCAGCGAUAACGUUGUCGUAUUUGUGUCUCAUCACUUUGCAGAGAUGUCCUUCACAAUGGAGGAUAAUUUGGAGUCGGGGUGGGUGGCUGUUCGCCCCAAUGCGUUUGAGGAGAAGGAAAAGCAUAAAUUUGUUUUUAUCGUCGCGUGGAAUGAGGUGGAGGGUAAAUUUGCCAUCACGUGUCACAACAGGACGGUGCAGAGGAGAAGCUUCGGCAGCAGGGAGGCGACCAGCCAGGAUGGGGACAAAACAAAAUGGCCCGAAAGUCCCGGCAGGGAUAAAGUAUCCAAAGGAGGCUACAGGGAGGCCAAAAACAAGUCUCCAUCCGUGACAGCGUCCAAAGCAAGUCCUGUCAAAACUGUGAUCAAAUCUGCGCCAUCUCCCCUCAGUCCUGACACAGAGGUGCUGAGGUCACCAAGAGAGGACCAGCUGUCCCCUUCACUGGACAGCUUGGACCUGGAGGAGCUGGAUAGUCUGUGCAGGGAGGACUGCAGCUGGGCAGGACUCUUUUCUUUUCAGGACUUGCGGGCGAUCCACCAGCAGCUGUGCUCGGUGAACUCGGACCUGGGACCCUGCCUACCGGACUUCCCGGAGGAACCAGCCGGGAUGUGGACAGUGCUGUUCGGCCCGGCGGAGGUCUCCGAGAGCGAAAUGGAUGAGCUGUGCUACAGUUUACAGGUGUACCUGGGCCAUGCGCUGGACACAUGUGGUUGGAAGAUCCUUUCACAGGUUCUGUUCACGGAAAACGACGAUCCUGAUGAGUACUACGAGAGCCUGAGCGAGCUGAGGCAGUCCGGGCACGAGGAAGCGCUCAACCGCGCGACAAAACAUCUGCAAGAGCUGAUGGAGAAACACAAGACCAUGGACAGCAUGGUGGAGCUGUUGGAACUGUAUGAGGAGGAGGACCAGGCCUAUGGAGGUUUGCUGGAGGCCUCCACACAGCUGUACCAGUACCUGCUGCAGCCCUUCAGAGAUAUGAGGGAACUAGCUAUGCUACGCAGACAGCAGAUCAAGAUCUCCCUGGAGAAUGACUACUUGGGCCCAAGACGGAUUGAAGCUCUAAAGAAGGAGGACUCCGACUGGCAGAAGAAAGCUCAGGAGGCAGUCCUCAACAUCCAGGAGUUUACUGUAAAAUACUUUGAGAUCACUGCCAGAGCUCAGAAAGGAGUGUAUGAGCGUAUGAAGGUGGACCAGCGUAAGUUUGGUAAGGCUUCAUGGACUGCGGCGGUGGAGCGCAUGGAGAGACUGCGCUACUCUGUCGCCAAGGAAACCCUGCAGCUCCAGAGAGCCAGGGAGAUCUGUCUGGAACAGAGGAAACACACACUUCGAGAUGAGAUGCAGAGCUUGUGUAGCAGUGAGGAUGCAAUGGCCCUCUUAGACCACAUGGAGUCACAGUACUAUGAGCUCCAGCUUCAACUUUAUGACAUCCAGGCUGAGAUCCUACAGUGUGAAGAGCUUCUUCUCACCGCUCAACUAGACAGCAUCCGCAGACAGAUGACAGAGCGUCAAGAUGAGGUGGUGUACUAUGACACCUUUGAAAGUGCAGAUGAUAUAACGGAGGAUGAUACUGUGGAGAGGGAAGAAAUGCGCAAACUUCAGGUCAGCGCUCGACAGCUGGAGGCGAGAAGGGGGCGCAUCACUGCCAAGCGCUCCUAUCUGAGGAACAAGAGGGAGAUCUGUGUAUCGAACCACAAUCAGAAGCAGCAGAAACGUCAAACCAUCCAGAAAGACUCAGUAUUCUACCAGCUGAAAAAUGAAGAAGAGGAAGAUGAGGAGAGGAAGAACAGCAGAGUUAGUCAAGAGAGACAGAGAACUCUGGACAGACUACGCACUUUCAAACAGCGGUACCCGGGUCAGGUGAUUCUGAAGUCCACUCGGCUACGUGUUGCCCACACGAGAAGGAGAGAGCGAGGGAGGAUUAUGGAAAUGGGUGGUGGGAGCGAGAGACAGGAGCGCGUGGACUCUGUUUGUGUCCAAACGCAGGGCCAGCCGCUGUGUCUCAGUACCAGCGUGCAGACGGACCCCAGCCCCAGCUCCACACUCACCACCCAGCCCGUCACGGCCCUCACAGCAUCGCUUCCUCCGCUGCCAGUGCCCAGUCCUGCAGACUCCUCCUGCUCUCCCUGCUCCCUGUCCUCACUGCUGGCAUCACCUAUGUCCCCUCCGCCUCCACCUCCCCCUCCUCCUCCCCUCCCAACAAAGGAGCAGUUGUCACCUACUGGGAGCCCAGGCCGCCAGGGGCAGAAGGCUGAGGAAAAGAGUGCAGCAGACGAGCUCUGUCUCUCCCCACUUGGCCCAUUCAUCCCUCGCUUCUUUGACAGCAGCCAAUUGGAGACCGCCCGCAAAAAGCUGAGGAAGAUUCCAGAGUUUGAGGCCCACAGCAGAAGAGUGAGCUCGCCCAUGGACGAGGUGCUGGCCUCCCUGAAGAGAGGCAGCUUUCACCUUAGGAAGGUCGACCAGCGGUCCCUGGCUCCCGCCAAGGGUGAUGAUGACCCCAACAGCAUCCUAGCUCAGAUCCGCAAGGGGGUCAAACUGAGGCAGGUCCCCCCAAAAGAGAGAAAAGACCAGCGAGAGCUCCCAGCCUCCACCGACCCUUUGACCAGGAGCAUCCAUGAGGCCCUGCGACGCAUCAAAGAGGCCUCGCCAGAGUCUGACUCAGACGAUGACGGGCUGGCCAGCCAUGACUGGGAAAGCUAGGGUUUCAAGGCUCAAACGCAACAAAUUAACACACACAGGGAUGCCUGCACCCUCUGCACACAUUGUACUGUAAUGUACUGUGAGUGCUGCGCUGUACUACACACACACACACACACACACACACAGAGUUACUCACUCACACUCAAGCACGCACAGCCCAGUCACACAUGUACCCAGUGACUAUACAAGGGCCUGAGUCAUACUGAAUAUCACCAACUCACCAAAUGCUCCAAAGGUCUAUGGUCAACCUGUUCAUCCGUUUUGUUUUUCCACAUUGCAUUGACCAUCAUGACAGACAUUAUUGUUUACUGUACGUUUCUGCGGUUUUAUUAUAUAAUCAGACUGUAAUGAUGCCAUGUUUAUUUGUAUUUUUCAACUGUACUGUCAAAAAGCUCUGCACUGGUCCUCUGUGGCCACAUUAAGUCAGAAAUAGCACACGCCACAGUUUUAAACCCACACACUGCACUGAGAGUUAUUUGUGAAACUGAAAACCUCAUACAGUAAUCUAUUAGGUGUGUGUGAUCUUUUCUUCUCUCUCCGAAGCAUUAGAAAUGAGAAACUGUAACUGUAACAAAACUAUGUAAUGGAUACUGUAAGGUUUGUAAUUUGGGGUCAUGUGCGAGACUGAAAACAUAGAAGAGAUUUGAACUGGGAUCACUGGCUAAACAGUGUGGAGCGUUAACCAUGAAACAUCACCUCCGUCGACACCUUUAGCUCUUCUAUUUUUAUCAGCAUUCUGUGACUGAGCCGCACUUUGCUGCACAGCUGGUGUUGUCCUGUCACAUGUAGGUGCGAUGGUGUCAGACAGUAUAAGGACCGCUGCUUGUCUCAUCUGACUGUAAAUCCUUUAGUCUGUCACACAAGAUUCAUGCCCCCCUCCCCUCCCCCCCUUUGUCCUCCUCCGCCCUUCACCUCCCCCAACUCUCACACCCUCUCUGGGUGAGGGAAUAUGUAUCGACCCAUCUGUUCAUCCACAGCAUAUGGCCGGGCUGGUGGGAGAUAGAGAGAGUCACAAAUUAGGUUUAUCAUUUGGUGCCACAGCUAACUAGUAGGAUAGGUUCAUUGGAGGGGUCAUCAGCAGAGCUUCUUGAGCGAGGAAGAGGUAAUCUUUGUAAAGCGUGGGCGGACUCGGUCGGUGAUUCCCGAGCUUUGUAUGUGGGGAAAGUCACGGCAGAGCUGUGAGAUCGGUCACGCUUGUUUUAAUGAUGGAUGGUAUGUGGGAGGUUAGAUUCUCUCAGCGCUGUAGGGAGUCACUGUGGGCUGUGGAGCAGGCGGUUGUGAUUGAUGCGGUUUCUCCUUCCAUCUUACUCACUUUCUCUCCUCUAUUGCAUCUUUUCUCAUUUCUUUCUUUGCACUUAGUGGGCAGAAACACACAGUAGGAGGUCUUACUCAUAGUCCUAGAAGUGAAAACAUGCACACAUGGACUCGUGCACUGAACUCACAGCCAACAUGUGCAGAAAUAUUAGCUGCAAAGUGAGUCCAAAGCUUCUACUUCUAAAUCUUUGUUUUCAUAAAUGGUUUCAGCGCUUUUAUGACACAUAGUACAAAUACUGAAUCACUUUAUCUGUACAGCAACAACUUUUUGUUAUUUGUUUUUUUAUCACUUGUGAACCAAGAGAUCUCUAGUAGUUGAGUGAGAUUUAAAAGCACUGAAAAACAUGUGGAAUUGGACUUGGAGAAGUGUGGAGUACACAGGACAGUAUGAGAGGAGCAGUGGGAUGCUUGGCGGCGCAGGAAUUCACACAAACAUACGUGUUGACAUGAGGAAAAAAGAUGUGGAUUCAUACACUAAGCUCCGACUUGCAUUGUCUGUGCUUUUUGCUCUCUUAUGCUUGCAUUGAGAGCCUGUUGCAACAGAAUACCCAUUCACAGAUUAAUCAUGAAGCAGACACUAAUGUAGAAAGAACGGGCAUGUGAGUAUAUGUCACAUUAUACAGCUUGAAAAUAGCUCACUGCUAAAGAGAGUUUAUUAUUUUCCUGGCAGAGCAAAUCUGAGGCACUUUUACGUGUCUUCUACGACUGUCAGCAGCACAAUGUUCUUCCAUGGUACCCUCAUCAUGUAGCAUGACAUCUCAAAAGUUUCCCAAAAGAUCUUGGUACUAAGUUUUACGUUGCUCCACUAAGCAAUGACCAACAAUGUGCUGAAAACUUUUGGAAAACACCUUUGCUAUGAACUAUCUGUCACCUGACUGACUGACCUUAGAAACACACUGUCAUCUGUUUUACACUGACCUUUAUCUAUAAAUAACCUUAACACAGCUUGUUUGUCAGCUAACUGUCAUUUGCAUUGCAUUUCAUUGCUUCAUUUUUAUCCUGUUUCUUCUUCUUGCAUUUCCAGCCAAAUUGUUUUGUGAUGUGUUUGCUUCUGAACAUUUCCUACGUAGACCUGUUAUCCAUACAGGCUGACUAUAUGACCCUCUGUCUCAAUAAGCCACAGUCAGUCACUUUGAGAA